UCUCCUGUGUCCCUCUCUCCCACUGCUGGUGAGCCGCGUUGUGACCCUGCCUCCCAUCCCGUUACAGUCUCCGAGCUCCAGGAGGAAGGCAUGAACGCCAUCAACCUGCCCCUCAGCCCCAUCCCCUUUGAGCUGGACCCCGAGGACACGAUGCUGGAGGAGAACGAGGUUCGAACCAUGGUGGACCCUAACUCGCGCAGUGACCCCAAACUUCAAGAGCUGAUGAAGGUAUUAAUUGAUUGGAUUAAUGAUGUUCUUGUUGGAGAAAGAAUCAUUGUGAAAGACCUGGCUGAGGAUUUAUAUGAUGGACAAGUCCUGCAGAAGCUUUUUGAGAAACUUGAGAGCGAGAAGCUGAAUGUUGCCGAGGUGACCCAGUCAGAGAUCGCUCAGAAGCAGAAGCUGCAGACAGUCCUGGAGAAGAUCAACGAGACUCUGAAACUCCCUCCCCGGAACAUCAAGUGGAAUGUGGACUCCGUUCAUGCCAAGAGCCUGGUAGCCAUCUUGCACCUGCUGGUUGCUCUGUCCCAGUAUUUCCGGGCACCCAUCCGACUCCCAGACCAUGUCUCUAUCCAAGUGGUUGUGGUCCAGAAACGAGAAGGAAUCCUCCAGUCUCGGCAAAUCCAAGAGGAGAUAACUGGUAACACAGAGGCUCUUUCCGGAAGGCAUGAACGUGAUGCCUUUGACACCUUGUUUGACCACGCACCAGACAAGCUCAACGUUGUGAAAAAGACACUCAUCACGUUCGUGAACAAGCACCUGAAUAAGCUGAAUCUGGAGGUGACGGAACUGGAGACCCAGUUUGCAGAUGGGGUGUACCUGGUGCUGCUCAUGGGGCUCCUGGAGGGUUACUUCGUGCCUCUGCAUAGCUUCUUCCUGACCCCAGACAGCUUUGAACAGAAGGUAAGGGGAGGUGGCUAGCCCAGGCGCCCAGACGCACCUGCCCACACC